AUGAACCAGGGUCGGGUGGGGUUCGCGUUCGGCGUGAUUAAAGGCAAGGUGAUUGUAGCAGGAGGGCGGCUGUGGGAGAAAGGAAGGACGUGCGAACCCCUCUCUUCUGUAGAAAUGUACGAUCUGAAGGCAGAUGUGUGGGAGAGAGGCCUUCACCCCGAGACGUGGUUGCUGGAGCAUGCAGCAGCGCGGUGGGGCGUGGGGUGUGUGCCUCGGUUCCUGGUGUGGCGCCGGGAAGGCUCUCUGCACGUGUAUGACGCGGUUACGAAAGCCAGGAAGGUGUUACAGGUGCCUCCUACCUAUGCCACACACCCCACUCCUUCGGAUGCCCUCUGCUGCGACCUUGCAGGUUCGGGCGGAGGCUCGGGAGGAGGUUCGGGGGGAGGCUCGGCGGGAGGUUCGGCAGGAGGGGUGGAUAGAGUUAUGGAUGUAAUCAUAGUAGAAGCAGCAUGUGUGCGUGCUGUUAGGGAUUUACUCUAG